AUGGACGUAGAACAUUUUACUUCGAAGAAGCCAGACUUUCCCAAGAAGAAGUGCGGAGUCCUAGGCGCAACGGGCUCUGUGGGGCAGCGCUUUAUCCUCCUUCUCGCGCUCCACCCGCACUUCACGCUUCAAGCUGUCGGCGCCUCUGAGCGAUCUGCGGGCAAGAAAUAUAAAGAUGCUGUGCGAUGGAAACAGGCCAUGCCCAUGUCCAAGCAAUUGGGGGAGUUAGUCGUUCGAAAAUGCACGCCAGAUGAGUUCAAAGACUGUGAUCUGGUAUUCUCAGGGCUGGACAGUGAUGUUGCCGGCGAUGUUGAAAUGGCCUUCCUCAAGGCCAACCUCGCCGUCUUCUCAAACGCCAAAAACUACCGCCGUGAUCCUAUCGUCCCCCUCGUCGUCCCAACCGUCAACCUCUCCCACCUCGACGUCCUCAAACAUCAGCGGAAGCACCACAACCUCGACAAAGGCUUCCUAGUCUGCAACUCCAACUGCGCCGUCAUCGGCCUCGUCAUCCCCUUCGCCGCUCUCCAGGCGAAGUUCGGCCCUGUAGACAAGGUUUCAGUAGUCACAAUGCAGGCUGUGUCGGGCGCCGGCUACCCCGGCGUCAGCAGCAUGGACAUCAUCGACAACGUCGUGCCCUUCAUCAGCGGCGAGGAAGACAAGCUGGAGAGCGAGGCACAGAAGAUUCUCGGGAGCGUUAACGACGAUGUCACUGGCUUUGUCGACCAGCACCUGCGCGUCAGUGCGGCGUGUAACAGAGUGCCUGUCCUGGACGGCCACACGGCAUGCGUGAGUCUGGCUUUCGCGAAGAGGCCGCCGCCGAGUGCAGAGGAGGUCAAGCAGGCUAUGAGGGACUACGUGAGCGAGGCACAGAAGCUUGGGUGCCCAAGUGCACCGGAACAGGCGAUUGUGGUUAUGGAGGAGCCGGACCGGCCGCAGCCGAGGCUGGAUAGGGAGACGGAUCGGGGGUAUGCUGUCAGCGUGGGCAGAGUUAGGGAGGACGAGAGCGGGAUCUUUGAUAUCAAGUUUGUUGCUUUGAGUCAUAAUACUAUCAUCGGAGCAGCUGGGUCUUCAAUAUUGAACGCAGAGGCGGCGGUGCUCAAGGGUUACGCGUAG